CUCUGUGUACUGUAGUCCGAUCAUCAUGCGUGAAAUCGUACAUCUGCAAAUUGGACAAUGUGGCAACCAGAUCGGCUCAAAGUUUUGGGAAGUGAUCAGUGAAGAACAUGGGCUCAAUCCAACGGGCAUCUAUGAAGGAGACAGCAACCUCCAACUGGAGAGGGUCAACGUCUACUUCAAUGAGGCACAUGGUGGUAAAUACGUCCCCAGGGCCCUGCUUGUUGACCUGGAGCCUGGUACGAUGGACAGUGUCAGAGGAAGCCGCAUCGGGGCCCUUUUUAGGCCGGACAACUUUAUCCACGGGAACUCAGGAGCUGGGAAUAACUGGGCAAAGGGCCACUACACGGAGGGCGCGGAGCUGGUGGAGCAGGUGGUCGACAGAGUGAGGAACGAGAGUGAGAGCUGUGACUGCCUGCAGGGCUUUCAGCUGGUUCACUCACUUGGAGGUGGCACCGGCUCUGGCAUGGGAACCCUCCUCAUCAACAAGAUUCGAGAGGAGUACCCUGACCGCAUCAUGAACACCUUCAGCAUCAUGCCCUCCCCUAAAGUCUCUGACACGGUGGUGGAGCCCUACAACGCCACCCUGUCAGUCCACCAACUCCUAGAAAACACAGACGAGACCUACUGCAUCGACAACGAGGCCCUGUACGACAUCUGCUUCCGUACGCUCAAACUGACCACGCCGACCUACGGGGACCUCAACCACUUGGUCUGUAUGACCAUGAGCGGGGUCACGACCUCGCUGAGAUUCCCCGGACAGCUCAACGCAGACCUGAGGAAGCUGGCUGUCAACAUGGUGCCUUUCCCUCGCCUCCACUUCUUCAUGCCAGGCUUCGCCCCGCUGACGGCCCGCGGCAGCCAGCAGUACAGAGCCCUCACAGUGCCUGAGCUCACCCAGCAGAUGUUCGACGCCCGCAACAUGAUGACAGCGUGCGACCCAAGGCGGGGGCGCUACCUCACCGUUGCCGGCAUAUUCCGUGGCCAGAUGUCCACCAAGCAGGUCGACGAACAGAUGCUUGCAAUUCAGCAGAAAAACAGCAACUACUUUGUGGACUGGAUCCCCCAUAACGUCAAGGUCGCCGUGUGUGACAUCCCACCCCGAGGCCUCAGAAUGGCCUCCACCUUCAUCGGCAACAACACGGCCAUUCAGGAGAUAUUCCGCCGCGUGGGCGAGCAGUUCUCCUUGAUGUUCAGACGCAAGGCUUUCCUCCACUGGUAUACAGGUGAAGGGAUGGAUGAAAUGGAGUUCACAGAGGCAGAGAGCAACCUCAACGACCUGGUGUCAGAGUACCAGCAGUACCAAGACGCCACUGCUGAUCUAGAUUCGGAAGCAGAGGAGGAAGAAGAGGAGGGACCCUCAUCGACAACAAAGGUUCAGUCUCGGAUGGAAGUUAAACUGGAAACAGUGACUGAAAUAAGCAAAGACACUGUGGAUGAGUAGACGUAGGUCAUACAGUGUGGUGUGUAAGUUUGAUAACUUGUUGAAAGGAUGUGGAAAACAUGUGGGAUUGUUGGUCCAAAAGAGGAACUUUUAUUUGUGGUUUAAUUUAUGCAUAUGGUUGAUUUAGAUAGCACUCAUUCUUGAGAAUUGGGACAAAACCUUGUAUUUUUAUUAUUUCUGUUUUUAAUAUAUAUAUAUAUGUUUUUUCUCUUCAGCUAGGCUGGAAAAAUAUAUUUUAAAAGGUCAGAGUCUUGAUUAUGAAACCCUGUAAUGGGACAACCACAGUGAUUAAAUUGUUUCAUCAAUAAUCAUGAUGGAUGUCAGAGGUAAGACAUGACAAAGUUGGCCCUUUUACAGAGUGGACAAAAAGUUAGAUAUUUAUUAAUGUUACAGUAAUUGUAGUGAGUAGCUGUUUUAUUUUUUAAAGUUUCUCAGCGUUCUCUUAAUACUAAUCGAAAAUACUUAUUUUUUAACCAGAACUUAGUUUUAAUUUAAAAGGGCUACGGAGUUGACAAAAACCUGAAACACAUAGGUAAAGAGUCAAAAUAUUCAUUGAAAAAUAUCAUUUUAAACAAAUAUGAUUUCAACAGUACAUUUUUUACAUCAAUGUACAUCAGUAUAUACUGUUAGUUUUUGCGUUUGAGAGCUUUAAUUGUUUGAAGUUGUGAAUUAUUAUCUUAUGUCUGUCUCUUAUGGGACAAGGGUGUUUCCUGGCACGGGGCAAGUGUAGAAGUUAAAAAAACGAAAGCAAAUAAAAAUAUCUAAAUAUUUGAUCAUAUUUAUUCCAUAUAUAUAUAUAAUUUAAUUUGUAAGACAUACUUUGUACCAGUUUUCAAGAAUAGGUGAUAGACUUUACUUGAUAAAAUGUGUUAUGACAUAUUAAAAAAUAGUGCUAUUUGUGUUUUAUGCAUUAUUCCAAUGAUUUGCUUGCUUGCAUGUUCAAGUUAUUUCUUUUAUAGUAAAAAUAUGAAAAUCAUGAAAAUGUUUAAUUUGCAAAAACAGGUAUCUGUUUUUAUUUAUUUUCCUAAAUCAUGUUAGUUGUGUGUACAAUCCAGGGAAUAUCAGUCAAACUAGUGAUGGGUUGUUUUGAUAAGAUAUGUCAAUUUAUUUUUAAUUUAAUACAUUCUGUUUUUUGUAAUUGUGCACUCAAGGGAAACAUUAAUCCAAUUGGUGCUGAUUUAUUCAGUUGAAGAAUGGCUUUUAUCUGUUUCUGCAAAGGAACUCUUUGUUUGCAAGUACAAUGCAGAAAAGUUUAUGCAAUGCUAGUUCUAUAUAAUCCGCAGCCAUGGAAAAGAAAUAAAGUUAACGCUGUUUGUCAGACCUACAA